AUGUACUCGGGCGACUCUUCGCUCGCCUAUUUCGAGGCCAGUGACAUAUACUCUAAUACCAAAAAAAACACCAUAGUCCUGGCACAUGGGCUCCUUGGAUUUGACGAAUUGCGUCUUGCCGGCCAAUUCAUACCAGGAAUACAAUACUGGCGGGGAAUCACAGAUGCACUGGCACAUAAAGGCAUCGAAGUCAUCGUCGCUGCAGUGCCACCCAGUGGGAGCAUCGAGGCAAGAUCAGCCAAGUUGGCCGAGAGUAUUGCGCUCAAAGCAAAGGGAAAGCAGGUCAACAUCAUCGCGGGUCUCGACUCACGAUACAUGAUCAGCCAACUUCGACCGACCGACUUCAAGAUCCUUUCCCUCACCACCAUUGCGACUCCACACAGAGGCUCUGCCUUUGCUGAUUACAUGUUUGAGACAAUAGGCCAGCGCCGUAUCAAGCGAGUUUACAAGGUCAUGGAGUACUUUGGCCUUGAAACUGGCGCCUUCUCACAGCUCACACAAGCAUAUAUGAAGAAUGUUUUCAACCCCAAGACACCGGAUAUACCGGACGUCAAGUAUUACUCGUAUGGCGCGUCGCUGGAGCCCAGCAAAUGGUCCGUCUUUUCGCCUUCGCAUGCGAUUAUCAAGCCAAUAGAGGGGGUAAACGAUGGGCUGGUUAGCGUCCAUUCAAGCCAGUGGGGUGAUUAUAAAGGUACUUUGAUUGGCGUAAGCCAUCUUGACCUGAUCAACUGGACGAAUCGUCUCAAGUGGUUCUUCUGGGAACUCACGGGGAGCAAGCGCAAGUAUGAAGGAUGCUGCUCAUCGACCGGAACGAAUCUAGCUGACAAACAUGUAGUUUUAACGCUAUUGCAUUCUAUUUAG